AUGAUAAAAAAUUUUUCCCCUUUUCGAAAAAAUCACCCAAUUUUAAAAAUCAUAAAUAAUUCUUUAAUUGAUUUACCAUCACCUUCUAAUAUUUCUUCUUUAUGAAAUUUUGGAUCCUUAUUAGGAUUAUGUUUAAUUAUUCAAAUUAUAACUGGACUUUUUUUAACCAUAUAUUAUACAGCUAAUAUUGAAUUAGCUUUCUAUAGAGUAAAUUAUAUUUGCCGAAAUGUUAAUUAUGGGUGAUUAAUCCGUACUUUACAUGCUAAUGGAGCAUCUUUUUUUUUUAUUUGUGUUUAUAUCCAUAUUGGACGAGGAAUUUAUUAUGAAUCAUUUAAUUUAAUACAUACCUGAAUUGUAGGAAUUUUAAUUUUAUUUUUAUUAAUAGGAACUGCUUUUUUAGGGUAUGUUCUUCCAUGAGGUCAAAUACCUUUUUGAGGAGCUACAGUAAUUACCAACCUUUUAUCAGCAAUUCCUUAUUUAGGGACUAUAUUAGUUAAUUGAAUUUGAGGGGGAUUUGCCGUAGAUAAUGCCACUUUAACUCGAUUUUAUACUUUUCACUUUAUUUUUCCAUUCAUUAUUUUAAUAUUAACAAUAAUUCAUUUAUUAUUUUUACAUAUAACAGGAUCUAAUAAUCCAUUAGGAAUUAAUAGAAAUUUAGAUAAAAUUCCUUUUCAUCCAUUUUUUAUUUACAAGGAUUUAAUUGGAUUUAUUAUCUUAUUAUUUAUACUAACUAUAUUAACUUUAACUAACCCUAAUCUACUAGGUGACCCAGAUAACUUUAUCCCUGCCAACCCCUUAGUAACACCUGUUCAUAUUCAACCAGAAUGAUAUUUUUUAUUUGCUUAUGCAAUUCUUCGUUCAAUCCCUAAUAAAUUAGGGGGAGUAAUUGGUCUAAUUUUUUCAAUUCUUAUUCUAAUAAUUUUACCUUUUACUUUUAACAAAAAAAUUCAAGGUAUUCAAUUUUAUCCUAUUAAUCAAAUUAUAUUUUGAUCAUUAAUUACUAUUAUUUUCUUAUUAACAUGAAUUGGAGCUCGUCCUGUUGAAGACCCUUAUAUUAUUACUGGACAAUUAUUAACUUUAUUUUAUUUUUCCUACUUUAUUUUAACACCAAUUAUUAAUAAAUUAUGAGAUAAUUUAAUUUUUAAUCAAUAA